CAUGGAGGUAGGUUCGUCGCAACAAGCGUUAGCAACUAAACAAAUUUCAAACAGUUUUUGAACUAUCAUCAUUGUAUUUAUUCAAACUGCAAUCCGUGUAUGAUUUCAUACUUUCCACGUUAUUCGAUUUAAUCGUUCAGUCGGAAAAUUCAAAAAAAAGUUAGAAAACUGGAGAAUGAAUUUGGAUUUCAAAAUUUUCACAAUUAUUCUGAUUGUGUGUGUAAAUCACUCCUCAUCUCAGUUUGGAUUAGGUCUGUGGUCCUCAGGCGGAUCAAGUUCGCAAACACAGAGUUCCCAAUCCUCACAAUAUAAUUCCAAUUAUCAACAGUCUAGCUCUUCCAGCUCGAGUUAUUCAAACCAAAACCUUCAACAGACCUACGAUCAAAUAAUCAGUAUCAUUCAACAAUGCGCAGGUAUGAAUCUCGAAGUAGAUAAAAACUUGGACAAUAAUCCGAUGGAUAUUCUGAAAUCGAUGCAGAUGAUGGUUAUUCAAGCUUCUUGCGAAGGAAUUAUUAAAAACAAGUUCGCUGUUGAUGCAGCUUUCCCUAUGCACAGCUCGAUGAAAUCGUAUUUUGAGUCAACUGAAUCUAGUAUUAUAGAUCUGAUUGAAGGUGGUGCACUCUUUAAUUACUUUGGAGGCGGUGGAUAUGGCGGCUCGCAAGGAGGAUCGUCUGGUUCAGGCGGUUCUUUAUCCGGUAUGUAUGGUUUGAUGGGAUAUGGAGGGGGAAGCAAUACCGCUUCUCAAAAUGGAGGUACCAUGGGUUCUUCGAUGUUGGGAACCGACUCAACAAAUGGUGCUAAUUCGGGAAGCAAGUCGAUGUCAGUAAAUCAAAAUACAGGCUCAGGCGGUGGAUCAAUAUCCAGCAUGUUAGGUUUUGGCUCACCUAGCGGAAAUGGCCCUACUCCCACUACAAUGACACAGAUUAAUAGUCCAACUAAUACCAACUCAGUUGGUGGAUCAAUAUCCAGCAUGUUAGGUUUUGGCUCACCUAGUGGAAAUGGUCCUACCCCCACUACAAUGACACAGAGUAAUAGUCCAACUAAUACCAACUCAGUUGGUGGAUCAAUAUCCAGCAUGUUAGGCCUUGGUGGUGGGCCUACCACAAUGCAACAGAAUAAUGGCCAAUCUGAUUCGUCAAUGUUGAAUGUGAAUUCCAUGAAUGGUGGUACAAACAUGAAUAAUGGGGUAGAAAACUCAUUAACAACAACCCAAGGCAACAGUCCUAGUCCUAGUAGUGGAACCAUUUCAAGUAUGUUAGGUUUAGGGUCACCUAGUAGUAAUGGAGAUACCACUGCAAUGGGAGUUCAAACUACUGGAUCAGGUUCAGGUGGAAAUCAAAAUUCAAUUUUGAAUUCCUUGGGAUUAAGUGGUGGAAGUAGUGGUCCUGAUACUUCACCACAAGGUGGUACACCCAGUUCAUCACCUGAUUCUGGGAAUGGUCAUGGAAUUACUGUUAAGAAUACAGUAAAUGUUACAAAGGAUUCAGGAUCACAGAAACAAGAUGAAGCUUCCAAUUCGGGUGGAAUUCAAAAUUCAAUCAUGAAUUCCUUGGGAUUGAGUAGUGGAAGUGGUGGUCCUGAUACUGCUCCACAAGGCGGUACACCCAGUUCAACUGAUUCUGGUAAUGGGCAUGGAAUUACUGUUGAUAAUUCAGUAAAUGUAUCAAAGGGUUCUGGAUCACAGAAACAAGAUGAAUCUGCAUACAACUAUGGUAGCAGUGGAGGAGGAUACGGUUCAAAUUCAGAUUCAUACCUCAACAUGCUGGGAUUGUCUUCAGGAGGUAGCAAUGUAUCAGGUUCAAACACAUUAAAUACCAAUUCCAACAUUGGUACAAGUGGAACAGGCUCAGACUCUAACUUAAAUGUGUCAGGAUUGCAAUCAACUGGUGGCUUAACAGGGACUCAAACUACUAAUCAAUCUGGAAAUGGUGUGACAGAUGCCACGUGCACACAAAACAGUGGGUCUGUGAAUACUUCAGCAAGUGGAUCUGGUACCACUGUAGGAAAUACACUUUCAGGUGUAGCAUCAGGAAUUAGUUCUGGACUUUCAUCAAUGGGCAAUAUGAUAACUGGACAAUCAAAUAACAAUUCACAACAAUCAACAAAUGCUGGUGCUGGUAGUGGGAGUGGAGUAUCCCUGCAAUCAACUAAUGGCAGCACAGAUGUGAAUGGAAGUGCUGGAAGUGGAGCUGGAGUAUCACUGCAAUCAACAAAUGGUAACACUAAUGUAAAUGGAAGUGCUGGAAGUGGAGCUGGAGUGUCUUUGCAAUCAACAAAUGGUGGUACAGAUGUGAAUGGGAUUACAGGCAGUGGGGCUGGAUUAUCUACGCAAUCAACAAAUGGUAACACCAAUGUAAAUGGAAGUGCUGAUACCACUGUAGGAAAUACACUUUCAGGUGUAGCAUCAGGAAUUAGUUCUGGACUUUCAUCAGUGGGCAAUAUGAUAACUGGACAAUCAAAUAGCAAUUCACAACAAUCAACAAAUGCUGGUGCUGGUAGUGGGAGUGGAGUAUCCCUGCAAUCAACUAAUGGCAGCACAGAUGUGAAUGGAAGUGCUGGAAGUGGAGCUGGAGUAUCUUUACAAUCGACAAAUGGUGGUACAAAUGUGAAUGGAAAUGCAGAUAGUGGGGCUGGAGUAUCCUUACAAUCAACAAAUGGUAACACUAAUGUAAAUGGAAGUGCUGGAAGUGGAGCUGGAGUAUCUUUACAAUCGACAAAUGAUGGUACAAAUGUGAAUGGAAAUGCAGAUAGUGGGGCUGGAGUAUCCUUACAAUCAACAAAUGGUAGUAACACUAAUGUAAAUGGAAGUGCUGGAAGUGGAGCUGGAGUAUCACUGCAAUCCACUAAUGGUGGAACUGAUACAAGUGCAUCAAGUAAUGCAUCCUCACAAGGAUCUAUCACAAGUCAAGGAGUGGGAAAUACUGUAGCAAAUGUAGCCUCAAGUGCAUCCUCUGGAAUUAGUUCUGGACUUUCAACAUUAGGCAAUAUGAUUACUGGUGGUCCCAGUAGUGGUGGAGGGGGAGGAAUUGGAAUAAAUGGUAGUGUUGAUAAUAAUGGAAACAUUCAAGCAUCAGUGCAACCAAGUCCAGGAGGUGGAAAUGGCAGCAAUGGCCUUAGUGCAAAUGCUAAUAGCAAUUCUGGUGCUGGGGUAUCCUUACAGUCUACAGGAGGCGGGGCAAAUGUAAAUGCUAAUUCUCAAUCUGAUGCACAGGUCUCUGGUUCAGUGCAAGUGCCACCAAGUGUUGCUCCAACUUCUAUAUCACCUACUCCAGAUUCAACAACAUCAUAGAAGUCCAUAGAAAACUCAUCAAUAUGAUGAAAAUUGUUUACUUGUUACUUAGAUUUUUAUUAGGCCUACUUGCUUUCUUGGAAAUAAUUUGUGAUUAAAUUUUAAUGAAUAAAUGGUCAUGGAAAAAACAA